UAUAAAAAGUAAGCUCUGUAUUUUUAACAUAAAAUUGUUUUACAUUUCAGCGUUAGAAAAUUUGUUAGCCGACAUAACCUCUGAUGAAGAUGAUGAUAAUAUUACAGAAUACACAUCAAGUGAAUAUGUUGAACCUACGUCAUCGGAUGAAGGUGAGGAGGAGGAGGAGGAGGAGGAGGAGGUGGAGGAGGAAGAAAGAGAGGCAAGUGAGACGGAAGAGGAGGAUGCAGCGCAAGCGCUGAAUGCUGUAGCCGAUGUACAGUUUGUACCGGCUGAAAUGGUGGGGGUGAGCGCUGCCGAUGCACACGGAGAGGAGUUGCGGGCGGAGGAGAGUAAAGCCGUAAGGAGAGAAGCAGCAGCAGCGGUGGCUGCGGCGCCUGCAGCGGUGCGUCUUCAGGUGAAUGAGGCGAUGGAGGAGGAGGAGGAGGAAGAUGAAGCAGUAGAGAGAGCGCAGAAUGAGCACGAUGCUAGAGCGGAAGAGGCUGAAGAUGUACCUGCCAAUAGGGAUUCUCAGCGCAUAGUUAAUGUUGACCACCUUCUUGCCACAUGUAUAGAGCCAACAGCUGCUUCUAAUAAUAUUCUACAGCGCUUGAUGGAACGAGCAGCUGAUGAAAGCGAGAAUAUUAUUGAGUAUGCGGAGCAUCCAUGUGUUAAAAGACGGCAACAAAUCCUCGACUUUUUGGCCCGACUAGUAGAACCCGAAGAAAUACGGUACACAAGAAGAAGCGCUGGAGGAUUGGUCACCGAGCAUUUUUUUAACCAGAGAAAUCCAAGAGAUCGUCAAAUUAAUGAACAACAUAAUCACUCUGACGAUUCAUCUUGUUCUUCUUCUACAACCAUUUUUCCCUUAUCUACAUCAUUUUCGAACACCAAUACUUCUGUAGAAUCGCAGGAUUACGAGGCUGAUGAAAGUAAUUUUUCUAUUCAAGUUGGUAGAGGACAAAGAAGAAGAAUUGAAAAUUCAAGCAGCAAUAAUGAUGAUUUGUCUGACUACGAACAAGAGGAUAAUCAGCCCAGUGAGGAGAAUGAGGAGAGAAGCGAAACAGACGAUAAUAUGAAUUAUCAAGGAGUCGAUGAGGAAAGAGAGGAUGAGGAUAUCCAGCCUCCUGGUAAUCGUUUUGAUAUUUUCCAACAAAAUUCGCAUUAUAUAUCUAAGUAUAAAAUAGAAGGUAGACGUAUUGUGCUAAAAACAAGAUCUCCACCGAAGGAUGGAUCUAUAAAUCCGAUAGUUUGGUUGGAGUUAGUUAUUCGCGAUAUUUAUUCUUAUAUAAUUUCAUUAUGUAAUGAAAACGACAUGACUGGCGUCUCCUUUAGAAGUUUAAAUUUUGCACGAGGCCCGGGUGGGUUAUCUUUACGAUUAGUAAAUAAUUUUUUUUACAAUGAUUUAUGGAAUUUAAUAAGCGGAUUAGCUCAGAGUAAUGAGGAUUUUCAAAUAGAUGAGAGCUUUAUUCUAACAUUAACACUUGUUAAUAUACCUAAUGGUGGCCGAGGUGGAAGUAGAAAGAGGAUGAGUGUUGAUAGCUUAUCUCAGAGAUCGGUUGUAUCUAUAAGAAAUAACGAUAAUUUAUGCUUGCCAAGAGCUUUAAUUGUCGGGGAGGCUUUUAUAAUGUAUAAAAAAUUCUUUUCAAACGAAGCCAUUGAUACUUGGAAUAUUGUCAGAGAUAGCAGACGUGGUAUGCAAAAAGAGCGCGCAAAUCUCCUUACUAUUAAUGCAAACGUCGUAAUUCCUGCAAACGGGUGCGGUAUACAAGAAAUAGAGACGUAUCAGCGGUAUUAUGUUGCAAAAAAUAUCGCUAUUGUAAUAUACGAUAGUUUAUCUUUUGGAAGUGGAGAACCGCCCUUUUACGUACGACGCGCGAAGGCGUCAUUUCGAUACAAUAUUAAAUUUAACCGGUGCUGCACGCAAUCGUUUUUUCUGCGAACAUUGUAAUAAAAGCUAUAGAUACGUAGAUGAGCAUAGAUGCACAGCCAAAUGUGACAGGUGUUUUUGUGCGCCAACGUGUAAUUCUAAUAUAGAUAUUAUAAAGUGUGUAGAAUGUAACCGAGAAUUUUACGGACAAAUAUAUUUCGACCGUCACAAAAUAGAUGGGUCAUACAAAAAA